UCCCUCGCUCUUUCACUCCCUCAUUCUCAUAUUUUGCCCCAAAAUUUUGUCAAUCCUUCACUCCUUCGCUUUUCCCUCCUUCACUCUCUCACUCUCAGCCCUUCACUUCUCCCUCCGUCAAUAAUUUUUAUGUUGCUCUAGGUAUAAAGAAAUCUAACCCUGGUUUAGCUGCACCAAGCCAAUGGGAUUUGGUUUCUGAUAAGCAAAUGAUGCAAGAAGAGCAACCCCUUCAGGUGGUGAGAUGUACAAAAAUAAUCAGUCCUAAUACUGAAGAUGCAAAAUAUGUGAUAAAUGUCAAGCAAAUAGCAAAGUUUAUUGUUGGAUUGGGUGACAAAGUUUCACCAACUGAUAUUGAAGAGGGCAUGCGAGUUGGCGUUGAUCAGAAUAAAUAUCAAAUCCAGAUUCCUUUGCCUCCCCAAAUUGAUCCAAGUGUCACCAUGAUGACAGUUGAGGAAAAGCCUGAUGUGAACAUAUACUUUCUCAAGCCUGCAUAGCAAUGAACUAUUUGUAGAGCUUAUCGUCUUUCUUGGUGUUGUCCUCCAAAAAUAUAAUCAACACAAGCAAGAGAGCCGGUAGCCAUGAAAGUAGUGGCAUUGGGCUAGAUGACUUUGGUUUCAAUGAUGACACACAAUAUCUUACACAAGUGGAAUAUAAAUAAAGAUUCUAACUUCUUUUGUGAUGCUUAAUGUGAUGUAAGAAGUAUUUUGAUUUGUAAAGUAGCAUUUUAGAAUUAGAAACUAGUUUCUUUAGAGGUGGAUAUUAGAAUUAGAAUAUUAUGUGUAACUAAAUUUGUUAUUGAAAUGUAUAAUUUUUGUAGUGAUA